AUGUAUAUUCUACAUAAAAAUGGAAGCCGCCCACCCUGGGAUAGACAGACGUCACAGGAGGCCAAUAAGAAGGCCAGGUUCUAUAUUCCAUCAACGACACGGCAAUAUCACUGUUACUGCUACACCUCUGCUGGAUGGACAGAGCGCAGUGACAUCCUGGAGCUGGUGGUGACAGGAGUCCACAGCAAACCCAGCCCGUCAGUCCUGCCCAGCCCUGUGGUGACCUCAGGAGGGAACCUGACCCUCCAGUGCAUCUCUUCAUGGACAUAUGACAGGCGCAUUCUGACCAAGGAAGAUCAGAUUUUUUCUAGCCCUGUGGACUCACAGUACACUCACACUGAAAUGCCCCAGGGACUCUUCCCUGUGGGCCUAGUGACCUCCAACCAGACAUGGAGGUUCAGAUGUUACGGUUAUGACAUUAGGAAUCCCCGGGUGUGGUGAGUACCCAGUGACCCUCUGGAGCUCCUGGUGUCUGGAACCCUCCACAAACCCACCAUCUGGGCUGAGCCAGGCUCUGUGAUCAUCUCAGAAAGUUUUAUGAUCAUCUGGUGUCAGGGGACUCUGGAUGCCAAAAUAUAUAUUCUACAUAAAGAAGGAAGCCCAGCACCCUUGGGCAGUCAGACCCCACUGGAGACUGGGGACAAAGCCAAGUUCUCCUACCCAUCGACAGCACAGGAAAACGCAGGGCGAUACUGUUGUUACUUUGAGAGCCCUGCUGGCUGGUCUGUGUGUAGUGAUCCCCUGGAGCUGGUGGUGACAGGAGUCUUCAGCAAACCCAGCCUGUCAGCCCUGCCCAGCCCUGUGGUGUCUGCAGGAGGAAACCUGACUCUCCAGUGCAUCUCUUCAUUGAGUUCUGACAAGUUCAUUCUAACCAAGGAAGAUCAGAAGUUCUCCAGCCCACAGGACUCACAGUAUAUAUUUUCCACUAGGGAGUACCAGGCCCUGUUUCCUGUGGAUCCUGUUACACCCAGGCACAGAAGGACUUUCAGAUGUUAUGGCUACUACAACAGAUACCCAGAGGUGUGGUCAGAAUCCAAUGAACCCCUGAAAAUACACAUCUCAGGUCUGCCCAGGAAGCCUUCCGUGUUCUCCCAUCGCGGUCCUAUCCUGACCCUUGGUGAGAACCUGACCCUCCAGUGUUUCUCUGAUGUUGACUCCAGCAGAUUUGCUCUGUCGGAGGGAGGAACUGACUUCACCACACACUCUGGUCAGCGGACUGAGGGUGGACUCUCUCAGGCUGACUUCCCCAUGGGUCCUGUGAGUGGUUCUCAUGGAGGCCAGUACAGAUGCUAUGGUGCACACAAGCUCUCCACUGAGUAGUCAGAUCCCAGUGAUCCUCUGGACAUCCUGAUCACAGGACAGCUCCCUGUCACACCCUCCCUGUCAGUGCAACCAGGCCCCAACGUGUCCUCAGGAGAAAACGUGACCCUGCUGUGUCAGUCAAGCAGCCGGAUGAACACUUUCUUGUUGACCAAGGAAGGGGCAGCCAGUCCCCGACUGCAUCUCAAUUCAAGGUUUCAAGAUGGGAAGUACUGGGCAGAAUUUCUGAGUGCUGUGACCUCAGCCCUUGGGGACACCUACAGGUGCUAUGGUUCUUGAAGCUCAUCCCCCUACCUGUUGUCACACCCCAGUGACCCUGUAGAGCUUGUGGUGUCAGGUAAGGUGACCCUGAGCUCUCUAAACCCAAAGGGUGACUCAGGGUCCCCAGGACUGGAAACAUACCAGAAGUUUCUGAUCGGGGUCUCAGUGGCCUUCCUCCUGCUGCUUUUCAUCCUCCUCAUCCUCUUCCUCCUCCGACACAGGCGUCAAGGCCAACACGGGCAGGAGGAUGCUUCUGUGAAGGUCCCGCAGUCUGAGGACAGCAUGAAGAUGGACAGUCUGAAUUCUGACCAAGGACUUAGGGGCACUGGGGAAGCAAGAAUGGCCAAGAAGGUUGAUCUCAUAAAGAUGGAGGUGGUUGAUGUGGAUAAAAAAGAGGAGGUGGGGAAAUAUCGGGAGGGGAUUAUUCAGCAAGGGAACACCAACCAGAGCCAUGAGAGCAUUGGGGUUUCCCUCCCUGUUUCCGUGUCUCCUCUGGGCUCCUCCCCAGGACAGAGGCUCCAGCAUCAACCUGCAUCUCCCCACUGUGGAACACCGUUCUCCAGGCAUGGUGUGACCCUUGACCACUUGACUCGCAGCAUCUCAGGGGCUCAGAGGCAACGAGGGGGGAAGGAUGUGCCCAGGCUUCAGGGCAAGUCUCUCACAGAGAACUCUCUUCCAGGACUGAGCCUGGGCCUCAGGACCCCAGUGCUGGCUGGGACCCUUCCCAAGCCCUCGCUCAGGGCUGAGCCAGGUUCUGUGGUCAACAGAGGGAUACAGGUGUCCUUCUCACAUCAGGGGACAUCAGGGGCCCUGGAGUACCGUCUCUAUAAAGAGGGAAACCCAUAUCCUGGGCACAUGCAGACCCUGCUGGAGCCUGGGAACAAGGCUAAGUCCUCCAUCCCAUCCCUUGACUGGAGUCAUGCAGGGCGAUAUCGUUGUAACUAUCAAACUCCUGCUGGCUGGUCAGAAUUCAGUGAUCCCCUGGAACUGGUGGUCACAGGUGAGGUCACUCAAGGCAAACCCAGCCUCUCAGCUCAGUAUAGCCCUGCAGUAGCCUCAGGAGGGAACAUCGUCCUCCAGUGUGUCUCAGGACACGGAUAUGAUAGAUGCGUGCUGAAGAAGGAAGGACCACAGGAGCUCUCCUGGACCCUGAACCCACAGUAUAUAUACUCCACAGGGCGGUACCAGGCCCUGUUCUCUGUGGGCCCCGUGAUCCCCAGUCAAAAGUGGAGGCUCAGAUGCUACAGGUAUAAUCUGAGGAGCCCACAGCUGUGGUCAGAACCCAGUGACCCCCUGGAGCUCCAGGUCUCAGAGACUCACCACAAACCCACCAUCAGGGCUGAGCCAAGCUCUGUGAUUGCCUCAGGCAGUCACGUGACCAUCUGGUGUCAGGGGAUUCUCAAUGCCCAAGAAUAUGUUCUGCAGAAAGAGGGAAUCUCAGCACCCUGGGACACACAGAUCCCACUGGAGCCUGGGGAGAAGGCCAAGUUCUCCAUCUCAUCCAUGACAGAGCAACAUGCAGGGCGAUAUUGCUGUUACUAUUACAGCCCUGCUGGCUGGACUCAGUGCAGUGACGCCCUGGAGCUGGUGAUGACAGGGUUCCACAGUAAACCUCAGCUGUCAGCCCUGCCCAGCCCUGUGGUGACCUCAGGAGAGAACAUGACCCUCCAGUGUGUCUCACGACAUGGAUAUGGUGGGUUCACUCUGACGCAGGCCAAGGAGCCGUCCCUGCUGAAGCAGCCAGGACCUAUCCUGGCCCCUGGAGAGAACGUGACCCUUCAGUGCAGCUCUGACAUCAACUACAGUCAAUUUGUCCUGUUCAAAGAGAAGGAAACUGGUCUCUCCUACAGUCCUGGCCAACAGCUGCAGGCUGGUCUAUUUCAGGCCAGCUUCCCACUGGGCCCUGUGAGGGUCCACACUGGAGGCCGGUACAGGUGCUAUGGUGCACACAGCCUCUCCUCAGAGUGGUCAGCCCCCAGUGAGGCCGUGGACAUCCUGGUCACAGGACAGCUCCCUGUCACACCCUCCCUCUCUGUGAAGCCAGGCCACACCGUGUCCUCAGGAGAGAAUGUGACCCUGCUGUGUCAGUCACGGAGCCAGAUGGACUCUUCCCUUCUCUCCAAGGUGGGAGCAGCCCAUUCACUGCGCCUAAAAUCAAUGUCCCGAGAUCAUCAGUUCCAAGCAGAAUUCUCCAUGAGUGCUGUGACCUCGGGCAUCGGGGGCACCUACAGGUGCUAUGGUGCUCGAAGUUUGUCCCCCUACCUGUUGUCACCCCCCAGUUCCCCUGUGGAGCUUGUGGUGUCAGAGGAGAGUGACACCCUCUUCCCCACCAGGCAUCCACUGCCCAUAGCUCCCCUCCUAGGGGUGGGGCCUCAGGAUUCUUCUUCAGGUCACAGCAGCAACUCUCGAUACAGCAGUGAUGCGGGUGGUGAGCUGAGUUCUUCACACUUCAAACAAAGUGUGCUCAAGCAAGAAGCCUCCAUGCCUGUGACUGUGAACUCACAUCAUACACUCAUGAAGAAAGCCAAGAAUGGCAAUCUGCUUUUCUUUAGAAGCCAGGAAGUAAAAAGAUUCUAUAGCAAACCCAGCCUUUCAGCCCUGCUCAGCAACAAGGUGACCUCAGGAGGGAGUGUCAUCAUACUCCAGUGUGUCUCAGAGCAGCCCUAUGACAGGUUUGUUCUGACCAAGGAAGGAAAUGAGAAACUGGCCUGGACUCUGGACUCAUAG